UUUCUCUCCCCUCUCCGGUCUCAGGAGGAGGCGUGGCCUGGAGGGCGUUCUGGUCGCACGGCCGCCUCUGCGCCGCCCGCCCGUGGGAGGUGAUCUUCUCCGUCAUCACCACCACCGUCGCCAUGAUCUCCCUCGCCGACCUGUACAAGGCGCCGCGCCAGCCUCGCACGCCGCAGGAGUACCAGGGUUUGGAUGUCGUUGUUAUGACGAUCCUCAGAUGCUCAGCUCUCCUCUACACGUACCACCAGUUCCGCACACUUCACAGAAUCGGGUCCAAGUAUAUUGUCGGAAUCGCAGGGUUGUUUGCUGUGUUUUCCAGUUUUGUAUUUUGCUGUUCCGUUAUCAAGCUACUUGACAGUGAUGUCUCAGAUCUGAAGGAUGCGCUCUUCUUCUUCUUGCUGUUGGUUGACCUCAGCAAGGCAAGCCUCCUGGCCCAGUUUGCCCUGUCGUCCUCAAAUCAGAUUGAAGUGCACACCAACAUUGCCUGUGGGAUGGCUCGUCUCGGGCCCUCCCUCACGCUAGAUACAAUAGUCGAAGCACUGGUUAUUGGUGCCGGAACGCUCUCAGGUGUCAGUCGUUUGGAACAGAUGUGUGCCUUUGCCUGCCUGUCAAUCAUAGUCAACUAUGUCGUAUUCAUGACCUUCUUCCCUGCGUGCCUCUCCCUAGUUCUGGAGCUGUCAAAUCGAUGUUCCUCCGGUCAGCCUCCGUGGCAGAUGGCAACUCUAGCCCGCGCAAUGGUGGAGGAGGAAAAGCCAAAUCCUGUAGUUCAGCGUGUCAAGGUCAUCAUGUCGGCUGGGCUCCUGUUGGUCCACGGUAUCACCAGGUGGUCCCUCUCCCUCACGGACAGCUCCAGCAGCACGCAAGAUGUCCCUCAGUCUUUCAAUUCUUCCACUGACCCCCAUAUCAUAGUGAGGCUGCUGAAUGCUGGACUGGACCACAUUGUCUUCAUGGUGAUGCUAGUAGCACUAAUCAUCAAGUACGUUCUGUUUGAGUCACAAGGCCAGCUUGAAGAGAAUCUUAUUCACGACAGUCUUAUUACGCCGCAAGACACUUUGGACAACUCAAGGAUAAAUAAUAAAGGAGGCUUAAACACAUCAGGAAUACUCCGCCAACGCACCAGGAGCAGGACAACUAGUUGCAACUCACAGUGGGAAGAGAUCCCACCAAAGAAAAUAGAUUGUAGUUCUCAGACAGACAAGGAAGCAAUGAGUCUUAGGGGAUAUUGUCUUGAAAAGGAGGAUGAGAAACCCCCAAGAAGCAUCGAUGAAUGUCUUCUGAUCAUGAGCUCUGAGGCGGGUGUGAAGUCCCUAACAGAUCAAGAGAUUGUGCAAAUGGUGGAGAAGAAGCACGUGCCCGGAUACAAGUUGGAGACGGUGCUUGGCGACCCACUAAGGGCAGUGGCCAUCCGCAGGAGUGUCAUUGCGCCUCACACUGCAUCCCAGAAUGCCUUGGAGACUUUACCCUUUGAUCACUACGACUAUACAAAGGUAAUGGGAGUGUGCUGUGAAAAUGUCAUAGGGUACGUGCCAGUACCUGUUGGUGUCGCAGGGCCACUGUUAGUCAAUGGGAAGAAAUACAUGAUCCCCAUGGCAACGACUGAAGGCUGCUUAGUAGCCUCGACAAACCGUGGAUGUCGAGCACUUGUUGGUGGUGUUAAGAGUGAAGUGAUCCGUGAUGGCAUGACCCGAGCUCCAAGUGUAAGGAUGCCCACAGCUGCCCAGGCUACGCAAGUGUACAAGUGGAUUCGGAAGAAGGAGAACUUUGCCAUCAUCAAAGAGGGAUUCGAUUCCACAAGCCGGUUUGCACGUCUUCAAGAUUUGCACGUUGGUUUGGCAGGAAGGUUGCUCUACAUGCGCUUUGUGGCCCAGACUGGUGAUGCUAUGGGGAUGAACAUGGUCUCAAAGGGUACAGAAGCAGGACUAAAAGCCUUGAAGAUCCAUUUUCCUGAGCUUGAAGUCUUGAGUGUCAGUGGCAACUAUUGUGUGGACAAGAAACCAUCUGCAAUAAACUGGAUUGAGGGUCGUGGAAAGUCUGUAGUAUGUGAAGCUGUUGUUCCUGGCAAAGUGGUAACAUCUGUCUUGAAAACCACAGUCGCUGCUCUCGUGGAGGCUAAUGUGACAAAGAACUUGAUUGGGUCCUCUCUAGCUGGGUCCAUUGGAGGCAACAAUGCUCACGCUGCAAAUAUUGUGGCUGCUGUGUACAUCGCUUGUGGACAGGACCCAGCCCAGGUCGUGGGUAGCAGCAAUUGCAUGACAUUGAUGGAGUCUUGGGGCGAGUACAAUGAGGACCUCCACAUUACGGUCACGAUGCCCUCACUGGAGGUGGGAACAGUCGGAGGCGGAACGGGACUUCACCCACAGUCUGCCUGCCUGAACAUGCUGGGGGUCAAAGGUGCCCACAAAGACACUCCAGGAGAGAACUCCUGCCAGUUUGCCAAGAUCUUAGGAGCAACAGUCCUGGCUGGGGAACUAUCACUCAUGUCAGCGUUGGCAGCAGGGCAUCUGGUGAAGAGUCACCUGGCACAUAACAGGGCCAAGGCGGAAGCCCCAACCUCCAGCACCUCUCCAGCUCCCACACCAGCCCCUGCCAGUGGCACAAAAGUAGUCGAGGAAACAAAAGCAGGGACUGAGGCAGCUCCUUCCGCUGAGAGUAGCCGCAGCCAAGAUGGGGAAAAGGAGAAUGGGAUCACAGGCAGCUUUCAGGCUUGCAAAGAUCCCGCUGACCUAUCUGUUCCACACUCAAGGGAGAGGUAGAAGCAGAGGAGCUGUGUUAUAUAUUUUUUCUACUUUAUCAUUUUGUAAAUCCUACUUUUUCUUUCUUUCUUUUUACUCUUUUUUCCUCUUUCUUAAGUGUCAUGUUGUUUUCUCUUUCUGUCUUUCAUUCAUGGGUGCUGAAAUAUUUUUACAGACGCUGAAUCCAGAAAAUUUGGAUUCAUUUAAGGAAAAUGGUAGUUAUAGAGGAAAACCAGGAGGAUUAGUAGGAAAAAUACAUACAUUGAUUAUUAUGUACCCUGCAAUGUAAAAGGUAGAUUAGGAUCUAAUAGCAUCAUCAUUUAUAGUUGUUUUGUUACCUCAUUUGUUGCUAUUUUCAUGCAUACAUCAUUAUUAACAUAAUUGGGUAGCUUGUUUUUAAUGGACUGCCUGCAAACCAAAUUUGACAGACAUACCUAUGAUUGGUUUAUAGUUUGUGUAGUUGUUGUUUUUUUUUUUUUCUUUUCUUUUCUUUUCUUUUCUUUUUUCCUCUUCAAGCAGUUUUUCUGUAGAACUCUCUCUUUCCCUUUUGUGCUCUCUUUAUUAAUGUUUUUUUUGUUUUUGUGUUACCAUCAAUUUUCCUUCUUUCAUAUUGAGGUAAUCAGUCGCUUUGCCUCCCAGGCUAAAUACAAAUUAAUUUAUUUAAGUGUUUGAGUAUAUGUAUAAGUAGAAAGAAAAGAAAUGAUGAUUUGUAUGAUAUUUUCGUAAGAGAUCAAAUAUUUUGUAAAAAGUUAAUUUAUCAGAUCCCUUAUUUAUCUUUUGUAAUUUAUUAAACCAUAUGUAAAUGUGUGAAAGAAAAGUACUAUUUCCUAUGUAUAUUAUGUCAGAAUCUUAUAAGCUUCCAUUCCUAUUUUGUGCAUGGUGUCCUUAUUCAGGUAAAUGGAGAAACAAGGAAUGAAUAUACAGUUCAGAACCUCCUCUUUUUUUUUUCUUUCUUUCUUUUUUUUUCUUUUUGUUUUAUAGAAUGAAGUCUUUGAAUUUUCCUUUGACCCAAAUUGUAAAGGAGACAUAUCGUAACUGAUCAUAGAGGAUUUGACUUCUCCCUUCUACUAUUAGGGGGAAGCGCGAGAUGACCAUGACAAUAAUUUGGGAGCACUUCUGUUUUUAAGAUUAAGGAAGGGUAGUGUACUAAGGGGUCGGGGAACGAUUAACUUCUGCGCAGCCUAUCGUUUGUAAUGUAUUGAAAUUCCAUUUGAAAAACAGGUUUUGAUUUGUCGGUCUCUUAAAUUUAAUACAGCUCUUUCAAGGAAAUAUUUACUUAUGUCUCAUAAGGCUUGAUGCAUGUGUUGAAUUAGAAGGAAAGUGAGAAAAAAUUCUGAAGAAUCUAAGUUCAUGUUAAGAACGUACAUACAGAAUUAGUGGCUAUUUUUAAGGUGCAUUUUCAUUGUGAUUUUAUAAACUGCCAUCCGUAAAUUUUGUCCUUUUUUUUUUUUAAGAAAAGAAAAGAAAAGAAACAUUAAAUAAAUCACAGUGGACACAGCAUAUAUAAAUGACCAAAAGGAUUGUCUAUUUGAGUGUGUGAAAUAUUCUUGCAAAUUACACUACACUAGAACGGAAAAGUUUUUUUGUUUUUUUUUAACAAGCAUUCUAAACAAAGACACCUUGAAAUAAGUUGUAUGAUAGUGUAUUAUUUGCAUGACUUGCUUUUGUGCGCCAUUAUUGAACGCAGCAGCCAUGUCUUAAAGUGUUUUGCCUUGUAAUACAAAUCCUUGAGUUCUUGGUUGCAGUUUCAGCCAAGUGAAAUGUUGUUAGUCUUCCAUUAGAACUUCAUUAAAGUAGCUCAUGCAUUGUAGAUUUAGGAAAUGAACCAACAAAGAGUCGGCAGUAGUCCCAGUGUGGUAAUAUGUGCAUUUAUUAACUAGAGCAGUCUAUCAAAAAAAUAAUAAAACAGAAAGUAAGAUUAGAGUAUUAUAUGUUAAUCAUUAAGACCAAGAGACAAUACGCAGUCACCCGACUAUAAAUAUCGGACAAUAUUGUAGCAACUUACUGAAAGUAAUAAGGAUCAUUUUUGAAUGACCUUUCCUAGGCAGUGGGAUAUCCAAUACUAUGAUUUACCAUAUGUCACACACCUGUACAGCUCUGCACAGUGCUGGGGAACUCCAUCAAUUUUCUGUUCUUUGUUUAUACAAGUACACACAUUAUACUUUUGUCAGUUGUUCUUUACAUCUCUCUUAAGCCCUUACAGUUUUCUAUUGUAAUUAUAAGAGUAUCAUUUUUUUUUUUUUUUUUUUUUUUUUUUUUUUCCACUUGGAAUUAUGACUCAGGUAACAAAGCAAACUUACCUGACUUCCUCUGCAGCAAUAUUUGUGCAAUCAUUUGAAGAUUUAUCAAAUUAGUUUCAUGUUAAUAUAUGUCAGUUUCAUUCUCAAGAAUGUUAUCUCUUGCCUCUAAGAGGUAUAUGGUGAUAUGGGUCCCUUCCUGCUCUGAAAUAAAAAAGAUCAUCUUUAA